AUGUCAGCCCCACAGGUUGAGCCUCAACGGGGACCUGCUGCGUCGCCGCCGAAUGCAGACAUUGGAAAUCCUCCGCGCAAGAGGAGGAAGCGCGCACCUGCUGCUGGAGCAGCGGCUGACUGCUUUACCUGCGCCAGUCGCUCGGUCAAGUGCGACCGACGAAGACCAUACUGCUCCCAAUGCUUGGAUGAUGGCAAAGACUGUGCAGGCUACAAGACGCAGUUGACCUGGGGCAAUGGCGUUGCAAGUCGAGGCAAGCUUCGGGGGUUGUCAUUGCCGAUUGCAGGCACUCAGAAACUCCCAAUGCCGACUUUCACUUCAGGCUCCAAGAGAAGACCGUCGCAGCAACAAUCGCCAGCUCAUUUACCGCAGCUGCAACCUCCCAUAGCGUCCUCCGAAGCGCGGACUGCUCCCGCCGCUCUUCGGUCUCCCGCUUCUGCCACUGGCAGCCACCAUGCCUUCCAGUACGAGCGAUCACGUCCCCCACCGCUAGUUACGACUCCUUAUCCAUCCAUAAGCACGGCAUGGGUCGCGCCGACCACAGCUGUCACCAUACAGUUAGAGCCAAGGGAAUCUACCUAUCCCACUCCUUCCUCUGCGAGCAUAACAUCUCCUCAGCACGGGCCUCCAUUGAGCGCUGGUUUAAACCCCAAUUCUAUGUUUGCCGGGUCCGGCAGCUUGACACCAACGCCAUAUACUGCUCCCAGCCCAGAGUCUGCAUACUUCGGGCGGGCGUUGAGCCACAGCGCCUCAAACGUCUCGGCGCCGCUAUCAUCUUAUCCCGUAUCACCUCAAAUCCAUUCUCCCUUUGAUCGGGUCUUUCCUGAUCACGGUCAGUUCCCUCCGUAUCACAGGCAGGACGAGUCAUACGUUCGUAACGAAGCUUAUGUUCAUCCUCGUACGCCUCAGCAAGUGGAACCAGCAGCCCGCCACGAAGUCUCGCAGUACGCCGAUGAGGAGGUGAAAGAGGUUCCCCGGAAUUCCUACGAGGACGAAUGUGCCAUCGUCGAAGAUGACUCUGUCAUUGGCUUUCCACAACUGUCGCUAAAUGGCUACGGUUUAUCGCUUACGCCGUUUGCAACCACGGGGUCGAUAGGGGCAACUCCACGGAUGCAGUUUCUUAUAAACUACUACGCCGAAGUCAUCUCUCCUGUCAUUGUCGCCUUCGAUGGUCCUUCGAAUCCUUAUCGAACACAAAUCCUGAGACUGGCCACGAAGAGCGAAACGCUCCAGCACGCUAUAGCUGCACUUGCUGCCAGUAACCUGCGACAGCGGCGGGAAACCGGGUUGUCUACAUGUAAGACUGAUCCUGCAAGGCGAUCGUCCAUAGCACAUUUGACUCUGACGCACGAGCCAUGGCAUGAGGCCGGCUUGUUGAGUCCGCAAGAGCAAGCACGAGAGGAAUCCCUGCACAAAACUGUGGCAAUCCAGUCGCUAAACAAGCAACUUGCCAACCCGGCCCUGCGAAAGGAUGACUCGACGCUGGCAACGCUGCUGAUAUUGUGCUUGUUCCACAUCUGUGACUCGGGUGUGGCCAAAUUUCAGACCCAAUUUGCUGGUGUUAAGAAGCUGCUGUGUCUCCGCAAAGAUGACCCAGCCUUCAAUACCAAAGAAGCAAAGUGGUUUACAAGGAUGUUUACUUGGUUCGAUGCAAUGACUGCAACGGUCAACGAUCGCGAAGGGCAACUUCAGGGCUAUCAUCUGGAUGUGUCCGCGCUUUCUGACGAGGAAUGGGCGCUGGAGAAUCUCGCUGGUUGCGAUGGCCAACUGUUCAAGACGAUCGCCAAACUUGGCAGGCUAAACGUGCUGAGCCAGGGGAAGUCUGUCGAAGAGACUAGUACCAUUGUUUCUCGGCCACCUCCUCAAGUGUCCUUAGCACCGAAUGUUGACUACACCAAGUUUGAUGGAAACGGUUGGAUGCGCUUGAUUGAGGACGAGGACCUGUUUACAACCAGAUCGGCAGCGCCUGAUAUGAACGCGCACUUUUGGCGAGAAUGGAGGGAGAUCCGUCAAGCCUUGAUGACCUGGAACCUCAACACAAGCGUGUUCGAUUCUUCAAGCCCCGAAGCGCCCUACCUCUCGUACGAACAACGUGUUGAUCUCAGCAACAUAUCCGAGUCAUUCAGGUAUUCCGCACUACUAUACACGGAGCGGUUGGCCAAUCCCAGCGUGCCCAGCACAGAUCCAGGUAUCAGGAACUGGGUGCAAGAGUGUCUCAAGUACAUCAACGCGGUCAAGUCCGAUGUGUACCUUCUCUGGCCUCUGUUCAUCACGGGCAGUGAAUGCGUGGAUGAUGAUGAUCGCGAAGUGAUACGGCAGCGAUGUCUCGAUAUACAAAAAGACAGCGGCUUCCUCAACAACAAGAGCUGUUUGGAGCUUUUGGAGAAAGUGUGGCGCAAAUAUGAUGACAAGGAGCGGAAAAGUCCUAAUGGCAGGAUGGGAAAUGACUCGAAUUAUCAUGACAAUGAAGAAACUGGGUUCCGGUUUGCUAGGGUUAUGAAGCUGGAAAAUAAUGAGGGCGAGUACAUUGUUGUUUGA